UAGAAUUUGAUUCAGUACCAUUUUACUCACUAUCGCACUCGUUUCUGUACUCUUCUGGUUUCCCUCAGUUCUCCGUCUGCUUUCCAAGCCCAAGACGGGGUUGAUCCUUCUCUACUGGAGAAGUGCAUGUGCUCGACGGUAUCACCCACAAGUUCAGUCGAGCUUCAUUUCUGCAAGACUUGACUCGGGUGAUCAGAUCUGCCGGCACAAAAAAAUUAUACGCCACUAGUAUAUUCUGCGGUAAAAUGUCAAUUUCCGAACCCCGUACCAAUCAGCGUCCCCGUCCACAGCCGCCGGAGCCCGAUAACAGGGCAACACUACCGUCUUCUUGGGCCAAGAGGACCGGGUUUAAGCCCAAGUUCUCUGGCGAGACCAAUGCCAGCGAUUCUGGUCAGAUAACCUUGCAACCCAAGCCAAGAGCUCAAGCCAACCCGGAUCUUGAAGCUGGUCGGGCAAGGUCAUCGCCGGUCGUGAAUGGUGAGGCCGGAGGUGAGAAGGUCGAACCAUCGCUGAAUAAGGAACACAAUGUGAAGUUCAGGGAUCCUGAAGGAGCGCCCAAACUCUCGGUUCCUGGUACCAAUGCGCAGGCACCUGUAAUGCUGGCGGACAAGUCGUCGAAGCCGCGGAGUUCGAGAAGGCACGACCAAGCGAUUGAUGUCUUGCCUCAGGUUGUGGAUGAGAGUGGGCUAGCGUCUAGGCAGUCGCGAAUGAAAUAUGAGCUCCGGGAUUCUCCUGGUCUUGUUCCCAUUGGUCUGUACGGUAUGCAACAUUACAUUUCUAUGUUCGGUUCGUUGAUUGUCAUUCCUCUCGUCAUCGUUCCUGCCAUGGGAGGUGCUCAAGAGGAUACGUCUGCGGUGGUAUCUACAGUGCUCUUCAUGUCGGGAGUGACUACACUCUUGCAUACUACUUUUGGGUCCAGGUUGCCCCUUGUUCAGGGCCCGUCUUUUGUUUAUCUGGCUCCAGCUCUGGCAAUAAUCAACUCCCCGGAGUUUCAGGGAUUGAAUGGAAAUAAAUUCAAGCAUAUAAUGAAAGAGCUACAGGGGGCUAUUAUUAUCGGAUCAGCUUUUCAGGCUUUACUUGGCUAUACUGGACUCAUGUCCUUCUUGGCACGGUUGAUCAAUCCCAUGGUUGUAUGCUCAACGGUUGCUGCCGUUGGACUUUCAUUUUAUAGCUAUGGUUUUCCUGUAGUUGGCAAAUGUCUCGAGAUUGGUGUAGUACAGAUAUUAGUCGUUAUUGUUUUCUCUCUUCAUCUCCGCAAGAUAUCUGUUCUUGGUCACCGUGUAUUUCUAAUAUUUGCAGUUCCUUUGGGUCUGGCAAUCACAUGGGCGACUGCUUUCUUGUUGACUGAAGCAGGAGCUUAUAGCUACGAAGGUUGUGAUAUAAACAUACCUGCCUCUAAUAUGGUAUCAUACCACUGCAGAAAGCACGUCUUGAGGAUGAAGCAUUGUCGAGUUGAUACUUCUCAUGCGUUGAAAUCUUCCCCAUGGUUUAGAUUUCCUUAUCCACUGCAAUGGGGCACUCCUGUCUUCCACUGGAAAAUGGCUGCUGUAAUGUGUGUGGUAUCCCUUGUCUCAUCAGUUGAUUCGGUAGGCUCGUACCAUGCAUCUUCAUUACUGGUAGCAUCCAGACCUCCAACUCCUGGAGUUCUUAGUCGAGGAAUUGGUUUGGAGGGACUUUCUAGUUUAUUGGCUGGCCUCUGGGGAACUGGAACUGGAUUUACCACACUAACAGAAAAUGUUCACACAAUUGCCGUGACUAAAAUGGGAAGCCGCAGGGCAGUUGAAUUGGGUGCUUGCUUUCUGAUAGUGUUGUCCCUUGUUGGCAAGGUCGGGGGGUUCAUUGCUUCAAUUCCUGAAGUGAUAGUUGCUGCUCUCCUGUGCUUUAUGUGCGCAAUGCUCACUGCUCUGGGCUUGUCAAAUCUACGUUAUAGUGAGGCUGGAAGCUCUCGCAAUGUUAUCAUUAUUGGGUUAUCAUUGUUUCUCUCUCUUUCCGUAGCUGCCUACUUUGAACACUAUGGCAUAGCCCCAAAUUCCAACUUGUCCGUGCCAAGUUAUUUUCAACCCUACAUUGUAGCUUCCCACGGGCCUUUUCAGAGCAGAUAUGCGGGGUUGAACUAUGUGGGGAACACGCUUUUAUCGCAACACAUGGUGACAGCGUUUGUGGUGGCUGUUAUUCUGGAUAAUACAGUACCUGGGAGCAUGCAAGAACGUGGGGUGUACGAUUGGACUGAAGCCGAGGCUGCUAGAAGUGAGCCUUCUGUCUCUAAAGACUAUGGAUUGCCCUUCCGAGUUGGUAAGGUUUUUAGGUGGGUGAAAUGGGUUGGGCUCUGAAACGCCAUAUUUGUUGGCCCAUCAAAAUCACGUCCUCUUUGAGGGACACCCAUUCUUAUGACAUGAAUCAUCAUCUUCAUGAGCUCAAUGACAGACAGCAUUCUGGAAAUUUCUGGUGCGGGAUGAGAUGUCUUAGUAAAGUGGGUUUUGUGGUGAGAUUGAAGAGGGAUCUGAUUCCAGCUGUCAUUCGCUAGAUUAGCCACGUGUCGAAUUUUCAUCCUUCAAAAUGUCCAGGAUGAUUUUUUUUGCUUGCUUUGUGGCGGGCUUCCAUUAAUCAUCCUUGUUACGUGUAUAUAUUAUAUAUUAUAUUUUCAAGGUCAACUCUUUCGGGGUUUGAUGCAAUUUCAUCAUCUUAGGUUUAACUUUCUAUCAGUUGCAAGACGAAUUUCAUUGUAAAUUACAUUCGGUACAUUUUGGUAUGUUUUGUGAAAGUUAUUGAAUUAUCACGAAAA